CCGGAUGAUCCAGCAUGAGGCAGCCAGGCUGCAUCGCACUCCUGCGGCGAUGAUGGGCUCCGUUCGAAGAAGAGUCAUAGUAGGUCUACGUAUGUAACGGGAUGACCACGCCGGCCGGCGCCUACGAGGAGAACCAGCUCGUUAUAGACAUCGUUGUCACGAUGUCCGCACAACCUCAACUUGCCUGCUGGCGACGCCACAGAAGCAUAUAGCAGCUCUAUGAGUCACUAGUAGCGUUCGCAGCCCUAUAUAACGGGGUGCAUGGAGGAGAGUGUUGUGCUACCCAGAUUUCAACCAGGCUCGAGCGCGAACUUCAACAACUACCCCACGAGAAGGAUAAACCUAUACUAGAUCAACCCGCAGUCAUGCCACGGCGUGUAACCAUCGGGAAUAUUGACUCGUUGCUCGGAAUCUUCAGGUACUGUGCGCGUAACGGGUUCGCAGUAUGGCAGUAUUUCCUAGGACCAUCUGCUCAAUUGCAGAGGGCCAGGAGUAUAUUGGAGAAUGUAGGAGCAUUUCUGAUGAGCUUGAGCGACCAGGACAAAGAGAAUAUCAACAAAUACGUGGCCGAAGUGUCUGAGCAGAAUCCCCACGAGUUAGCUUGUAUACUGGAAACCGAACAAAUGUUCGCGGAACUCGUCGGUGCUCAACAACAACACGAACAGCUUUCCUUGCAUUUGGCAGCGAAUCCUCGCUUACGGUUUCCCUGGUCAGAUCUUGCCAAAGCAAUCUUCGCUUUAGUGAAUAGCUGCUUGGAGCUACAAGCUAGAGUAGAGGUGAUUCCACUGAUCUCAUUUCCUCCUCUUCCUCUCGUAUCAACCAUAUUCUCACACGCGCGUUCACAGACGUCAGCCGCACGAGCUCGUGAAAGGUACCCGCUCAAAGACAAUGCUACUGGCGACAGCGUAAGACAUACCUCGCAUGGGAGUCUUCGUCAUUCAGGUACAAUGACAUCUAUGCACUCGGCGUAUUUCCAGGGCCCUCCGCAGCAUGGCGCCCCAAUGACCGUUCAAUAUGGUACUGGGUCAAGCCGUCCUGGGGCAUCGCCGGCUCGCUCGUUCGGGUCCGGGCCAUACCAGGCUUCAAACGAGUCCACGGUAUAUCCUGCCUCUGACCCCUCAGACUUGACCCACUGGCUAUCGUCCAGUUCUUCCCACUCAGCCCAUUCCGCGCAUCGUGGGCAGUAUACGACAUCUCCAUUCGGAUCCGAGACGUCGCAAUCAUCACAUGCCAUGAUCCCCGGCGGGUCCACACGUCUAAGAGAGUAUUCGUCCUCCAGUGGCGACUGUACCUCCCCUGAAUCGUGGAAUGUGUCGAGCAACAGCAGGUGGUCGGCGUAAGCUGUUGCUCAGGUACGCAGGAGAUACCUGGUGGACGAGCUUGUGGGUAGAACGAAUGCCGUGGCUGAAGACGACCAAUGCUUCAACGACAUGGACAUUAGUGUAAUUCUGUAACGGCACUGACUGUGUACUAUAGUACGUUCCAGAGUUGACAAGAAUCCAUCAUAUCGAUUCAUUUCUAUCAA